ACUGUACGUACCUACAGUACCUGACACCGAGCACCGAGUUAACCUAUGGCCGAUAUCUCUCGCUCGGUCCGUGACGUCACUUGUAAACAAUGGCGGAGGUGGACUACAAUAAGCUUGGAGAGGAACUGGAGAAACAAGAACUAGAUGCUCCGAAUGGUGUUCCCCCUGCACACGUCUAUGAGCAGCUCCUCACCAUCUAUCUUCUACAGAAUGACUUAACUGCAGCAAAAUUCCUAUGGAAGCGAAUACCAAGUAGCACCAAGAGUGCAACUCCAGAGCUGGCCCACAUAUGGGAAGUUGGGCAGCAUUUGUGGCAGCGGGAUCUGCCAGCUGUGUACACUGCUCUGGCUCACGAGUGGUCUCCAACAGUAAAAGAAAUCAUGAAGGCUCUCCAUGAACAUGUGCGGAAUCGAGCUGUCGAACUUGUGGGACGAGCGUAUACUUCAAUCAGGGCAGAUGAUUUUGCCCAAUUAGUUGGUAUGAGCGUCGAAGAGGCAGUAACGUUAGCUCGGGGGCAUGGCUGGGGUUAUGAUGAGCCCACCUGUAUGAUUUUACCUGUACCAAAGACACCCCAGCCUCAUGCCCCCACUCCAUCAGAGGAACAGUUACGUCGCCUGGCUGACUACGUAUCAUUCCUUGAAAACUGAUGAAGGAUCUGUCUGCAUUUAUUUAUAUGACUUUUCUUCUAGCAAUGCUGUGGUUUUUUUUUCUUUCAUCUUUUUAUUUUCCUGGGAUCCUCAUAAUUUUGUGCUAUAAUGAAUUUAGUGUGAAUUCAAACAAACAUAUAUGUUCUGUUGUUUCCAUGCUAUAUAUUUAGUGGUCAGUUUGCUAAAUAUGUAACAACUAUUGUUCAAAUUUAACAACUAAUAACAAUGGUAAAUAAUAGAAGUGCUAUACAGCAUGCUUCAUCAAAACAUUGAAUAUAUUAAGUGAGUUGAUGACUUUAAAGAAAUGUACUGUAUGUUAACAGAAAAAAAACAUCAACAAAUGUCAAAGUAACUAUUGUCUUAAAUACAACUGAUUGAAAAUACAUUAGAUGUAAGGAACAAUAUCAGUUAUGGAUGAAUUUAGCAAAGCAACUAGUAAUAGAUAAGUGAUUAUAAGAAUGUUAGACUGCAGUACCUGACAGCAUUAUCAUUUGAAUCAAGAAUAUGAAAACUGAGGUCAAUAAAGUUUUGAUUAAG